ACCGUUAUCAGCAACGUUACCUACUUCUAAAUAGAUACACAUGCUGAUAAUUGUCUGAGUUAAUCUAUGAAAAGUUGCAUUUUAAAGUACAUUUGUAUAAUAAAUACAUUUAAUUCUCACUCAAAUUUCUGCAGUAUAGGAAGUGGUGAAUAACGAGGUUCAAGCCUCCUUUUUUUUAAGGAGACUGCCGUGGCUGGAUGUUUAGGGCACCAGACACAUAAUUGACUUUCUAUCUUGGGUUCGAAUCCUGGCAUAAUCCAUGGAAAUUUAAUUGAGCAUAAUAAGAAAAAAUAUCGAAAUAUGACUGAGGAGGCGAGUGCGAGCGAGAAGCCGAAAUUUUCAGGCAACGCUCAAGAAUGGGGAUAUGAUCUAUAUCCAGAGAGAAAAGGCAGUUUCACUCCGUCAGUCAUCGGGAUGAUGGCCGGCACUGAAGGGCUCGAAGAUUAUGAACGGUUAAAAUGCGAAAAGCGGGUCUACAAAUGCUACAAGACGAGCAAACUGGUUCAACUCAUGCUCGGAGCGCUCAAGGCUUCAGGAUGCGAAAUUGAUUUGGCUAGGCAUGUGGUUUGUGAAGUCUGCGACCCUUCUGUCAGUGGAGGAUAUGAUCCUGAGACAAACCAGAUUGUUAUUUGUCAGAACACAUCAAAUAAGGAAAGUAUUAUCCAAGGGAUCCUCACACAUGAAAUGAUUCACAUGUUCGAUUAUUGUAAUAAUAAACUCGACUUCCGUAACAUUGACCAUCUUGCAUGUACCGAGGUGAGAGCCGCCAACUUGACUCACUGCAGUUUUACAAGUUCUAUGAUCCAGGGGAACGCUACGCCCAUCAACUUCAAAAACAGGCAUCAGGAGUGCGUCAAAUUGAAGGCCCUCCAGUCUAUCCUUGCUGUGAGAAAGGUAUCAAUCGAGGAAGCCAAGGCCGCUAUUGAAAGAGUAUUUCCAAAAUGCUACAACGAUUUGGAGCCGAUCGGAAGAAGGAUCAAAGCGGCAUCCAAUGAUGCAAGCAAAGCUCACGCUGAAGGUUUUUUGUACGGAUAUGUUUAAAAUAUUAGUAUUCACAAGGUAGACUCAUUAAUUAUUGUAAAUAAAUUAAUAAUUUACCUUUU